UUGUUUUGUGAUCGAUACGUUAUAAAUUUGUUCUUAUAUAUUCCAAAAUAUAUAACUGUAACAAGUUCUAUUUAUUUUUUUCCUUCUGUUUUAGUGACAUGUUUAUUUUUACAUAUCGUACCUUCUCGACGUCAUUGUCUGUUAGAAAUGCCUAAGCCGGAUAACAGAGACUUUGAUGAGAGAUAUGCAGCUUGCUUUGUGGAUUUUGGCCUUAAAAUAGCGACUGGUCUUCUUAUUGGCAGUAUGUUGGGAGGGUUUUUUCUACGCGGUUACAGGAGAUGGCCUAUGUUCAUAGGUGGUGGACUAGGAUUUGGAAUGGCGUAUAGUAAUUGUGAAAACAGCCUAAACAACUAUUUGCUAGCUAUGGAUCCUAAGAGUUGUGUCAUAAAAAAGCAACCGUGACUCAGUGGACGCGCUUAUCAAAUUCUCGUUCAAAAAAAAAUUGUACGAAAUUUU